AUGCUCCGCGCAUCCCUCGCCAAGGCCUCCCCCCCUGUCCUCCGCCGCUGCAUGACAUCGCUAGCCUCCGCCAAAAAAGAAGGCGACAUCUCGGAUGCAUUUACUUCGCUGUCCGGGGCCCAGCGCGAGCCUUUACCCGAUCGAUAUCGUCAGCUGAAACUUGCACUCCUACAAGGUCGAGAAGAUAAGAUUGUGCAAUCGUGGAAGAAGCUGCUGAGUGAGUUGAAGCGGGAGAAUGAGAUUGUUGCACAGAAGGGACCGGGGGUUAUACCACAGAUUGAGUUUAAGGACCUUGAGAGGAGUAGUGAUGCGCUGAGGGAAGAGGUCAAGAAGAGGGGGGUUGUUGUGGUGAGGGGUGUUGUUCCGGAGGGUGAGGCGAGGGCGUAUAAGGCUGAGGUGGAGGAGUAUGUUGCGAGGAAUCCAUCUACACGAGCAUUUCCACCUCAUGAUCCUCAAGUCUACGAAUUAUACUGGUCACCACCCCAACUAAAAGCCCGCUCACACCCAAACUUCCUCUCCGUCCAGCAAAACCUCAUGUCCCUCUGGCACACCACAUCCCAAACGGCAAUCUCCAUCUCCCAACCCUUCAGCUACGCCGACCGCCUACGUAUCCGCCAACCCGGCGAUGCUAGUUUCGCUCUCGGGCCACACAUCGACGGCGGAAGUGUAGAGCGCUGGGAACCAGAAGGGUACGGCGCAGGACACGUGUACGACGCCAUCCUCCAGGGAAAUUGGGAGGCCUACGACCCCUGGAACGCAAGCGGCCGUGUCGACGCUGUGAAUAAUCGGCCGUUUUUCAAGGCGAGGAGUGAGAGGGUGGGGGAGGGAUACUUGGAGGAGGGAAAUUGGGAGUUGAUGGGGGAUGUCGAUAGUGAGUUGCAGGGUGCGACGCCGGGGACGGGACAGGAGUUGACGGGGGAGUUGCAUCCGCAUUUGGAGCUUGAGAGGACGAUGGUGCACGUUCCUGAGAUUCGACCUGGAGAUUUCGUAGCAUGGCACUGCGACACAAUACACUCAGUCGACAAAGUCCACGCCGGCAAAGCAGACUCGUCAGUGCUGUACAUCCCCAUCUGUCCGAUCACGGCGCAGAACGCAGAGUACAUGGUCCGUCAGCGCGAGGCUUUCCUCCGUGGCACGCCGGGACCGGACUUCCCUGGCGGUGCGGGGGAGGCCGGGCAUGUGGGGCGGGGCACGGAGGAGAUGCUUGAUGGAGCGGCUCGUCGGGCGAUGGGCCUGAGUGCGCUGAUGACGGAGGGGGAGGAGGAUGUUGUUAGGGAGGCGAAUCGGAUCCUUGGGUUUUAG